UCCCGAGCUCUCCAAGGCCCGGCGCCCCCAGCGGCCUCCUGGCCUGGGGCCGGCGGCGCCGGGCAGGUGUGCCUCGCGCUCCGCGAGCUCGACCGCGAGCGGCUGAGGAGGCUUAUCGACACCCAUGCGACUGGGAGGUCUGGCGUGAUCGACCGGCACGAGCUGCCGGAGCUGCUGGUCAAGUGCGGGGUGGUUGCCGACGACGUGGUGCGCAGCUGGGAGGUGGCCGCGGAGAUCGAGGACGCGGGAUCACAGCUCGAGGUUCAGCGGGCUCGGUGCCACAGGCCUCUUGUCGCGCGAGGACGUGGUCAUUUUGAGCCAGAGGACGCAGCCCGCUCGGCUGCGCAGCGCGAGUUGGAGAGGCAGUACAUGGUCGCUGUGGGCUGGAGCGCGGAGCGGGUCGCGGAGUGCCGGCGCGCGUUCGAGCAGUUCGACGAGAGCAUGGGCGAUGUCCUGACCGAGUCCGAGCUCCUCAAGCCCCGGCGCGCCAGAGGCCGCUACGCGCCGCUGGUGCGCGACCUGGACGUCGCCUUCCUGGCCCUCAGCCUGGACACGAGCGUUGAGGUGAGGGUGGACUUCUUGACCUUCAUGCGCAUCAUGAAGAUGCUGGACGAAAGCGAGGCGAGGCGGGGCAUGGCGGGCAUGCUUGGAUUCGGCGACGAGAGCAGCGACAGGAUCAUCGGCAUCUACCAGAAGCUCUCCGACCAGCACGGCUUCUCCGCUGCGGGGCUGCCGCGCUCCGUGGUCGAGCAGGCCUCCAGACCCUCAGGCUCAGCCGCAGUGGAUCCCGAAGGUGCAGCAGACAGAACUGCAGAUCCUCCUGAGCUCAGAGCCAGCGACCGUGGACUUCGGGGGCCUCCUGAGGUUCAUGAAGGCGCUGCAGGGGAUGCUCGGUGGCGAGUCCUUCGAGGAGUGCUUGGAGGACCUCCUGCUGGGCGUGGGCACGGUGCUCUCGGACCAGCGCGAGCGGACCAAGCAGGUGUCCACGCCGAAGGCCGCGGCCCCCCCGCGGCGCGGCGCGGCCCCGCCCGCGGCGGAGCCGUCCGCGCCGCAGG